AUGUAUUAUUUUUAUUAUUGUUUUAAAAUCCUCUACUCAUCCAUCCCUUACUCCUUUCCUAAUCAACCUCCCCAUUUCCCACCAUCUUCUUCUACUUCUGUUACAACUACUACUACUACUACUACUGCUACUACUACUACUACUACUACUACUACGGAUACUACUAUGAAUACUACUACUACUACUAUGCCAUCUACUUUUUAUUAUUUAAUUAUUAUUAAACGGUCUCUUUCAGUUCACUUUAUAUCUUUUCUUCUUUUACUUAUCAAUCUCUUUCUGUGUUUACAUACCUCAACCACCACGUCCUCCUCCGACUUCGUCUUUCUAUUUUCACACGUUCGUUUCGUUGUUUUCUUACCCCACCCCCGCCGCCGCCUCUUACCAUCUCUUUCUUAUUUUUCCUUCUGCAAUCCUUCUCCAUACAAAUCUUUCACUCUUUCUAAUUUGCUUCACUUUCCCUUUUUCCCCUCUCAUCAUCCAUGA